AUGGGGGUUGAAUGUACGUCCUCAAGGCAUCAGAGCCCCAGGCUGUCGUCAGCUCGUGCCGAUGACGUAGGUAUUGAGAACGUGCAAAGUGAAGGCCUUGUGCCGCCGGACGGUGGCUAUGGCUGGGUCUGUGUCGCUGCUUGUUUCACAAUCAAUUGCUUUACUUGGGGUGCCGUCUCGGCCUAUGGUAUCUACUUGUCUCACUACCUUGCAGAUGACCUGUUCCCUGAAGCAACAACCUGGGACUAUGCCUUUAUUGGGGGGUUUAACUUUGCCAUAGCCAUGGUCGUUGCACCCGCUGUGACAGUCUUGUGCCGCAAGUUCGGGAUCCAUGUCAUCAUGUGCUGCUGUCUGCUAUUUCAGCUUGCAGGCUUCAUCUCGGCUUCCUUCUCGCAUCGCAUUUGGCAGCUACACAUCUCUCAAGGCGUCCUGAUCGGUUGCGGAAUUGGCUUCCUUUACAUCCCCUGCCUACCAGUUCUCUCCCAAUGGUUUGACAAAAGACGGAGUCUCGCAAACGGCAUCAGCGCGGCAGGGUCUGGCGUCGGCGGGGCGGCAUUCGCAUGGGGAUCGGAAGCUAUUAUCCAGCGAUUUGGCAUUGCCUGGGCACUACGCAUCACAGGCAUACUAGCAUUCACGGCAAACACCAUUGCAACCAUCUUCAUCCGCGAUCGGAACAAGGCCAUUCGGCCAUCUCAAUUAGGCUUUGAUACAAAGUUGUUGAGGCGUGUUGACGUGCUCUUGCUGCUCGCUUGGGCCUUCAUCAGUAUGCUGGGUUAUAUUGUCCUACUUUUCUCUCUAUCUGACUUUGCGCUGUCCAUUGGGCUGUCGCGAUCCCAAGCUACUGACAUGAUUGGCUUGCUUAACAUGGGCACUGCCAUCGGACGGCCAAUCAUAGGCAUUCUUAGUGAUCGAUGGAGUCGAAUAGACACGGCUGGAGCGCUGACACUCUUGUGUGGAGUGGCAUGUUUUGCCUUUUGGCUGCCUUCCACGUCAUAUGGGCUAACUGUUUUCUUCGUCAUACUGUGCGGGGCUGUAGUAGGCGUUUUCUGGAUGACGAUUGGUCCAUUGUGCGUCGAAGUCGCAGGGAUCAAAGACUUGCAGUCUCUAUUAUCUCUGUCUUGGGCGGCUGUCAUUAUCCCCUCCAUAGCUUAG